GGAAUUGAUUUCGUCAUACAUGAUUACCCAGUGGCGGGUGUCACGAUGGCCCCCAAAAGACAAACACGUGGAGUAAGGAAUCAUAGUGGCGAAAAAGAGAAGGGAGGGAUGAGAAGGGGAGGAAAGGAAGGGAGAAAGAGAGAGAAAAAGAGAGGCAACGACGACAGUGAAGAUGACAGCAACAGUAGCGAUAGUGGCGGCGUCAACAAAGACGACAACGACGAUGCUGAUGACGACGAUAACGGAAACAAUGUCUACCAUGAACGGCGCUCGUACCGGACUAGGGAGAAGAAUUUAUGAAAGAAAACAACGAUGGGACGCGACACCGGCGACAGCGGGCGUCCACGAGACCUCAACGCAACCAGAAAA